CAAUAACAAACGAGGAAUAAAAGUAGUAGGGAGUUAGUAACAUCGAAUAUGAGACAUAGUUACUAUUUUGAACUAAUUAAAAAAUAAAAUUACCCCAAAAUUACUAAAUUUGUUAAAAAAAAAAUUAAGAUGAUAGAUUUUUAACCUUGAAUACAAUCCUACUCUGUUCAUGACUCAUUAGAGUAUCCAAUUGCGUGUUCAGUUUAAGAACAACGUAGCUAAAGAUUUUGCCCCAAGCUAACCAGAUUUUUCGAUUUUCUCAUAUUAAUUGCGUUUUUCUCAAGUUAUUUCUCCUAUUAAUCCUCAAAAAUUAAUUUCGAAAAAAAAACCUAAUAUUUGUGCUAGUGAUUAAUCAAUCGAUCAAUUGUUUUUGUAAUCAAUCAGCUCGUUGUGCGUAGAAAUUCGGCGUUCUUCCGAUUGACGAAUCAAGAUGUUAAUCAGCGAUAAGUUGAAUAUGAGGUUUGAUAAAGGAAGUAUGGUGGAGGUCUUUUCUAAGAAGAAGGACCUUUCAGGAGGUUGGCGGUGUGCACAGAUUGUGGAGGAUAAUGGAGAUGGUUAUACGGUGAGAUAUUAUCGCGGUGCUGGAAUAGCUAAAGACGGUGUUGACAAAGUAUCCUCGGAAGCAGUGAGGCCUCGUCCACCACCUGCGACGGGGUCUAGAGUUUGGGCUGUUGGUGAUGUUGUGGAAGUGCUGGAUGAUGGUUACUGGAGAGUCAGUAUUAUUGAAGAGGUUUUGGAAAAUGAUGAUUCGUAUGGUAUCCAGGUGAUCGGAUCUGUGGAUGAGUUUAGAGUGAGGAAAUCUGGUGUAAGAGCACGGCAACAAUGGAAAAAUAAUCAGUGGUUUCCUCUGGAGAAGGAUUCUGGAAUUGAUAAGAAACUGUUAUCUAGGGUGCAGAAGUUGGCUCAAAUGCAAACGCAAGGUGACUUUGACAUGAAAGAUCAGGAAUAUGUCUCACUGUCCAGGACGCAGAAAAGGUCAUUCGUAGAUGAAUCUUCUCCGGAGUGUGCUCAGAAACGAAGGGCAGCAGAGAAGGAGGUUAAGCUUCAUGCUGUACCAGACUCGUAUUCUUUCAAUGGGAAGGUACAGACACCUGAUAAAUUUAGGAAAACUCAUGGUAAAGAUAAGGAGCAAAUAUCUAAAAGAACAACCAGUAACACUAGCCUUAGAAACCAUGAUGAUGCCCAUCCUAUUGGUAGAACCUCCGAAACUGAUUCUGUUCAAUGUGAAUCAUCUGUUGCUAGUUGUAGCAUUGGUGAUGCUAAUUUUGAUAGAUUGAUCAGCCAUUCCUCAGCCAGCUGUAGUCAGGAAAGGGAUUCUUUUAGUGGCGCUGAAUCAUUUUAUCAUAAAGGGGGUGAUGAAGCAGUGUCUAUUGGUCAGUCAAAACAGGAAAAUACUUUAAGAUCGCAUGAGCUAGAGUUAAAUAGAUACCGUAGCACCCUAGAAGCAUUAUAUGCAUGUGGUCCUUUGAGUUGGGAGCUGGAAUUUUAUCUAACAAACCUCCGUCAAAAGUAUUCUGUUUCAACAGAUGAACAUUUAAUGGAACUAAGGAGGUUAAAGUCUAGUACAGGCCUUGGUUUGCCUUGUUGCUAGCUAAGGAGGUUGAUGUCAAUUUGAGUGCUUGGGUUGAGUUUAUUACUAGCUCUUCGAGCUCUUCUUACCUUUAUAGCUUAUUAAUACAUGACACACUUUUCUGGGCCCUCUAAGUUCUGUUAACUACUAUCCUGUGUAAGAAAGUUGGGAGGAUGUUCAAAUUGUACAUUCUGAGAAUUGUUAACGCGGUUACAUAUUGUGGAGUAGAACAUUGAUUUAGUUUCUAAUAAAAGUUGUACAAAUCUGUUAAGCACCCGUGAGACGGUUUAAUUGACCUUCCUAGAAGGGAAGUUAAACUUCAUUACUGAUGCCUUAGGUCUUCCUCGUUCUUUGAGUGGACAUUGCACUAGCUCUUGUAUGCUUUAUACACCUUUUCUGAAGCAGGCAAGAGUUUUAAAAUUGUACAUGUUGACAGCGAUUGUUAAUGCAGUGAAUAAAUGUUUGUUUUACUGGGAAUUUUCUUGCGUCUAUUCUUUUUGUAGAAGCUAGUAAUUCAGAGUUUGUCUGUAAAUGUGUGCAGACAUCUAGGAAAUAAACGCUGUACAUGCCUGUGUUUAUUUCUUUUUAAUACUUGCGAACAGCUAUUGCUAAUUGUAUUUUUAUGCUUUCUAUAUUUAAGUGUUUGUGACUUUGCGGUAUAGGUCAUGCAUUUGGUAACACACAGUUGGAUGCAGAAAACUGCAGUCCAUUGACAGAGCCAAGCUCUAAAGAGAUCAUGUUUCUUUUACCACUGAACUUCGUUGUGAUUUUACAGAAGCUUUAUGCUUAAAGAAUUUGGUGAAGUUUGAGGGUGAGAACAUCAAACAUCAGUAUAUCAUGCACACUUUUAAUUUUAAAGCAGAUUAAAGUUCUUAUCAUGUCAUAUUGCAAACUUGCAACGAUUGAAGCUGCUGGUUUUGAAUCCUGAACUUCACAGUUUCUAUCAGCCUCUAUGGUGUUGGAAAGUUGGUGACUGCAAAGCAAGAGCUCUGAUUAAGCUCACUUUAGCUCUCCAGAUCUAGACUUUCAUUAGAAGAGUUGCUUGAAUCUUGAAUUGUAAUACUAUCAUGUAUCUAAUUUAUUUAUUUUCCCAAAGGACUGUACAAUACAGUGUAUCCUUCAAUUACUAUUAGUCUAUUAGAAGUAUGUCUAUAAUACAUUAUUUGUUUACUCAUUGACAAUUGUAAUGCUAUCAUUGCGCUGUACUGAUCUCCUUUAAAAA